GCCAAAAUGCACCCCGAACAGCUCCUGCUAUCGAUCCCGUGCCUGCUGGGCGCCGCCUCAGCAGGCCGCCCCGGCACCACCUCAAGCUGCAAGGCGGCGCCGGGCUCGCGGGCGUGGCCCUCCCUCGGCGAGUGGCAGGCGCUCAACGCCUCGGCCGGCGGCCGGCUCCUCUCGCCGGCCCCACCCGGAGCGCCGUGCCACCCCGACCAGCCGGGAUACAGCGCGGAGGCCUGCGCGGCGGCGCAGAGGGGCUGGAGGCUCUACGACUGGCACGCGGCGGACCCGGUGUCCAUGAUGUUGGACCAGUUCGCCAACUACACGUGCCUGCCGCAGGAGCGGUACCCGUGCAGCGGCCAAGGGUACCCCAGCUAUGUCGUCAACGCGACGGAGGCGACGCACGUCAAGGCCGCGGUGGAUUUUGCCCGGAAGCACAACGUUCGCCUCGUCGUCAGGUCGUCCGGGCACGAUUUUCUCGGGCGCUCCAACGCCCCCGGCUCGCUCUCGGUCUGGGUCCACCACAUGAACGGCAUCGACUUCCACGAGGGGAGCUUCAAGCUCGCCGGCUCGGGUAGGGUGCUCGGCGGGAGCGCCGUCACCGUCGGCGGGGGGACCGCCAUGUACGACAUCUACACGGCCACGGACGCGUAUAACCAGACGAUCGUUGGUGGUGGCGCGAAGAGCGUCGCGGUCGGCGGGUACAUCUCUGGCGGCGGGCACUCGACGCUCUCGCCGCGGUACGGCCUGGCCGCGGAUAAUGUUAUUGAGGUGGAGGUUGUGACGCCGCUGGGCGAGGUCCUCACGGCGAACGAGGACCAACACGCUGAUCUUUUUUGGGCCCUUAGAGGUGGUGGCGGCAGCACCUUUGGUGUCAUGACCAAAAUCACCAUGUGGACGCACCCGACGCCCAAAAUCACUUCACUGACAUGGAUGGGUGUCACUGACCCCAAAAGCCCGUUCGUCGUUGACCUGGUAUCCUACCUCUCCUCCCAAAUUCCGUACCUGAUGGACAAGGGCGGUCUGUCCGGCUACAACUACGCCAGCUUCGGAACGAAAAGCCCCGUCCCCCUGCCAGGAAUCCCCGAGAACAUUGCCGGCGUCAUGGGCCUCGGCUUCGUCCAGGACAAAGGGCCCGGAUUCUUGGAAGAGAUCUUCAAGCCGAUCAACGACACCGUCAAGAAGCGCUGGUCCGGGCAGGCGUUUGUCUUUUUGGCCACGGAGGAGUUCCCCACGUUCCUGGCGUGGUUCGACAAGUACUUUGACCACAACCCCGCCGGCAACUCGUCCUACAUUGUGUCGAGGCUCUUGGACGGACAGACGCUGGCGAGCGACCCAAGGGCUCUUGGGACGGCGAUCAAGGCGGCGGGCGGCUCGAGAGGCGGGAUGGCGCUGUUCAUGGUCGGCGGCAGGGGCGUGCAGAACGCGAAGCCCCGCGGGGGCAACUCGGUCAACCCGGCCUGGCGAAACGCCUACGUGCACGCCCUGUCAUCCAGCAGCUUCCCGCCCUUCAACAAGACGGCCGAGCGGGAGACGGUCAAGCGGCUCGACGCAGCGAUGCAGCCGCUGCGCGCGCUCACGCCCAAGUCGGGCGCAUAUCUAAACGAGGCACUGCCCUUUGAGAAGGACUGGCAGCACACGUUCUGGGGCAGCAACUACGAGCGGCUGCUCAAGAUCAAGAGGACGGUGGACCCGACGGACGUGUUUUGGUGCGCGCCGUGCGUGGGCAAUGAACGCUGGGCCGAAACGGCGGAUGGGCGUCUCUGUAAGAGAAAGUAACAACGGGGUUGGGAAUCGGGCCGGUAUUUUGAGGCGGCGUUGACACGCCGAGGUUUUUGUGCCCGUGUAGGUGUUUGUUUCCUUUCGUUCUGUUCAUAUACUGUGUCGCUCUUAGGAAAAUGUAG